GAGGAUGUGGCGGGCGGAGGGGAAACGGCUGCCGAAAACAAGCCGGAAGAGCGUUUCCCAAAGUGUAUUGUGCGGAACCAGCACCUACUGUGUCCUCAACACCGUGCCACCUAUAGAAAAUGGCCAUGGGAACAGCAGUAGUAGUCAUGUAAAAAUCUUUUUACCGAAAAAACUGCUUGAAUGUCUGCCGAAAUGUUCAAGUUUUCCCAAAGAGAGGCACCGUUGGAACACUAGUGAGGGCUCAUGAUGCAGCCGUCCUUUUGGAUUUCUUUUUAAUAAUGUGUGACCCUUCACCUUUGAUCCCCUGACCUGCAUUAC